GGUCGCUGCGAAACAGUAAACAAAAAUGUUUAAGUGAAACUGAGUCGGUUAAAAUCGAUUUAUUGAAUCUCCCAGAGUAACAACAAAUCAUUUAUUACAAAUACAAAUUUAGAACAAGGGCAUGAGCUGUCUGGAAGAUGGAUACAAGAACACAGAAAUUAGAACAGCAGAGACAUAUUUUAGAACAGAAUAUGAGACGCAAAAGGCUUACAUCAGGUAUGGUUCAAGCAUCAGAUGCACGAAACAAUUCUGGGAGAAGCCGAGGUAGUAGUAGUACCAGUUCUGAACUGCAUUGCUAUGAUGGACCAUUGCAAUAUGCAAUGAACCAAGAUAACAAUCCAGAUCAAAUUAUUACCCUUAAAUCUAGUAUUGAUAGCAUUGAUGGUAAUCUGGAGUCUGAUUUAAUGAUGAACAAUGUGGCAGGUAAUGACUUACUUGAUAUUGAAGAUGAAGAAUCAUCACCUGUAACUGCAACGAAUGAUAUUGAUAAUCAGCCUGAUGAUAUGAAUGCCAAUAGUGAAUUUUCAGGUUCAGAGGGUAGCAAAGCGGUAUUUGCCGGUAGUUUAGAGAUAGAAGGCGACAUACCAAACGACGACAUUGCUUCGUUCGUACUGGAACCCGCACAACCGAAAGUUCUCUUUCGAUGUCGUAUAGCGAGAGACAGAAGGGGAGUGGACAGAGGUUUAUUUCCGACUUAUUUUUUGCAAUUGGAAAGGCCGAGAGGUAGGAAAGCUUUAUUGCUGGCGGCUCGCAAGCGGAAGAAGAGUGCUACUAGUCAUUACGUCAUUAGUGCAGAUCCAACGGAUCUGUCCAGGCGCGGCACAGGAAUUGUGGGCAAGCUACGGAGCAAUGCUUUAGGCACUCGUUUCCAAGCUUGGGCCGGAAAAAGCAACGGGAAUACUAAACCUGAGUCUGGAGACGAGUCUGACAGUCAUAUUAAAGAGGAAUUGGCUGCAGUUUUAUAUGAUGCCAACGUUCUAGGUUUUAAGGGUCCACGUCGUAUGACGGUUUUAGUUCCUGCAUUGGGCGACGGUAGGAGGGCAGGCCCGGACGAGCCCUUGGUGGAGGCGUGGCGUUCUGGACGAACCGAUCGUCUCGUUUUAUUAAGAAAUAAAACUCCGGUAUGGAACGACGAUACUCAGUCUUAUGUAUUAAAUUUCCAUGGACGAGUUACACAGGCAUCCGUGAAGAAUUUUCAAAUAGUUCACGACAGCGAUCCCGAAUACGUGGUCAUGCAAUUUGGCCGUAUCGCUGACGAUGCCUUUACCAUGGACUACCGUUAUCCUCUGUGUGCCCUUCAAGCGUUUGCAAUUGCACUGAGUAGUUUCGAUGGCAAACUGGCUUGCGAAUAAUGAUAAUUUUUGUGAUAAUUUCUUAAAUUAUUUUAGUUAGUUUAUUAACAAACCAACGCUCUUUUAAAAAUUUUAGUACAAAUUAAUGAUUAGAUUAUUUUAAAUCUAUCAUUUCGUGAGAUCUGAUUUAAAAAAUCUCUCUUUUAAGUAUGUAAUUAGUUUUGUAUAUGUUUUCAGUAUUAUUUUUAUGCAUUUUAAGGUUGUCAAUCAAAAUCAGUAUUUGUCACUAGUACAUAAAAUAAUCAAAAUACUUGCACUUUGGCUUGCAACUGUCACAUUUUGUAUAUGAACUUAAAGUCGGCGUUAUACAAGGUAAAACUUUAAAUGUGUAAGUUCGUAUUUUAACGUUUGUAACGUAAGAUUGAAUAACGAAUUAUUUUUAAAAUAAAGUGUUUUACUU